AUGACCGAGACUUUAGUAAUACAGAACCCCGUCCUUGAGGAUCACGCUGUUGCGAUCCCGAGCAAGCGACCAGCUGAUGCUGACGAACCAUCGCCGCCCCCGGACGACAAUGAAGCCCCAACCACGACGCUCUCACCACUGCAGAUCGCGACAGUCAUGUCAUGUCUAUGCGCGUGCGUCUUCGUGACCGCCCUCGACAUAACCAUCGUCGCGACCGCCGUUCCCGCAAUCACCCACGACCUCGGCUCCGGGACUGGGUACACCUGGAUUGGUGCCGCCUUCACGCUCACACACUGCGCGGCCACGCCCGUAUGGGCCAAAAUCUCCGACAUCUGGGGCCGCAAGUCUAUCUUGUUGUGGGCGAAUGCAAUCUUCUUUGCCGGCAGCCUCGCUUGCGCCUUGUCCAAGCACAUCGACGCCCUCAUCGCGGCGCGAGCGAUCCAGGGACUCGGGGCAGGGGGGAUGGCGACCAUCGUUAAUGUUUGCAUUAGUGACCUGUUCUCACAGAGGAAACGCAGCUUUUACUACGGAUUGACAUCAGUCGUUUGGGCCUUGGCGAGUGGGAUCGGGCCCGUUCUCGGCGGAGUGUUCACAUCGAGGAUAGGCUGGCGUUGGUGUUUUUGGAUCAACCUCCCCAUAACCGGCGCCGUCUUCCCGCUCCUCUACUUCACGCUGAAGCUGCCCAACCCGAAAACCCCUAUCCGAGCUGGCCUGAAGGCUAUCGACUGGACAGGAAGCUUUCUAAUAUUGGGUGGCGCAGUCAUGUUACUUCUGGGACUGCACCUCGGUGGUGAGGUGAGCCCAUGGGGCUCCCCUACCAUAAUAUGUCUCCUCGUUUUUAGCUUUGUCGCCGGCGGUCUGUUCAUCGUGAAUGAGUCCAAGGUCGCUAGGUACCCGGUCAUUCCAAUGAGGCUGUUCAGAGACCGGUCCGCCGCAGCUUCCUUCGCCGUCAAUUUCUUGCAUUCGUUCACCUUCAUGGGAGUGGCCUGGUAUCUCCCCCUGUAUUUCCAGGCAGUUCUCCUGUCCAGCCCCUUGAUGUCAGGAGUGUAUUUGCUUCCUUUCAUCGUCUCAUCGUCUGUGGCAGCUGCUCUUACAGGGGCGUACAUCCAAUGGUCCGGGAGGUACCUCCCUCCGAUCUUCUGUGGCUUGGUUUGCACGACGUUGGGCGUGGGGCUGAUGAUUGACAUCGGGGUCGAGGCACAUUGGGGGAAGCUCAUAGCUUAUCAGCUUGUAGGAGGGGCCGGCUUCGGAAUGAACAUCGAGGGCCCAUUGCUGGCUGUUCAGACGACGGUUCCGGCACAAGACGUUGCGGUUGCGACGGCGGCGAUGAGCUUCACGCGAACCAUCUCGACCUCCAUCUCGAUAGUGAUCGGCGGCGUCGUCUUUCAGAACGAAAUGUCACGAAAGAAGGAAAGCCUGGAGGGCCAGCUUGGUCCGAAUGUUGCUGAGCUAUUGGGCGGAGGGUCGGCCGCUGCGAAUGUGGAGAUUGUUCAGAGCCUGCCGGCGGACCAACAAAUCAUCGCCCAGACAGCCUUCUACGAGUCUAUCAGAUCUAUAUGGAUAAUGUAUGUUGCCUUUUCGGGCGCCGGUCUGCUCUUGGGGUUCCUGAUCAGGGGCAACCACUUGAACACGGACCACGAGGUCACGAAGGUUGGAUUAGAGGAGUUGAAAGGAGACCAGUCGACUGACCAAUCUCAGUCUAACAAGGAUAGCUCUGCAGCUACCAUGCCGCCUGCUCGCAGAACUGAAAUCUGA